AUGAAAAUGCUUUGGAAAUUAACUGAUAACAUUAAAUAUGAAGAUUGCGAGGACCGUCACGACGGCACCAGCAAUGGGACAGCCAGGCUACCUCAGCUGGGCGGCGUGGGCCAGAGUCCCUACACGAGCGCUCCUCCGCUUUCCCACACGCCGAACUCGGACUUCCAGCCCCCGUACUUCCCUCCGCCCUACCAGCCCAUCUACCCGCAGUCUCAGGACCCUUACUCGCACGUCAACGACCCGUACUCCCUCAACUCCCUGCACGCCCAGCCGCAGCCUCAGCACCCGGGAUGGCCUGGCCAGAGGCAGAGCCAGGAGAGCGGCCUGCUGCACCAGCACCGCGGCCUGCCCCAUCAGCUGUGCCGGGAGUACCGCAGGGAAGUGCUCCUACCGUCCGGCCACGGCAUCGAUACCGGACUGUCGGACUCUAUCUCCCUCCACGGAAUACCUCACUCUUUAGACGACGUUCAGUCUGUUGAUGAUCAAGGAAUUCACAUUCCGGACCAGACUGUAAUUAAAAAAGGUCCAGUGUCUUUAUCAAAGAACAACAACCUCUCCUCCAUCCCCGUAAAUAAGGACGGUCUUUUCGGAGGGGUGGUAAACCCCAACGAGGUGUUCUGCUCUGUUCCGGGUCGCCUGUCCCUCCUCAGCUCCACAUCGAAGUACAAGGUCACGGUGGCGGAGGUGCAGAGACGCCUCUCGCCGCCCGAGUGCCUCAACGCCUCCCUGCUGGGCGGGGUGCUGAGGAGGGCCAAGUCUAAGAAUGGAGGAAGAUCCUUAAGGGAGAAGCUGGAUAAAAUCGGCUUGAAUCUACCUGCGGGCAGACGCAAGGCAGCCAACGUCACCUUGCUGACGUCACUAGUCGAAGGCGAGGCGGUUCAUCUUGCCAGGGAUUUUGGUUAUGUAUGCGAGACCGAGUUUCCAGCCAAGGCAGUAGCUGAAUAUGUAAACCGUCAGCAUUCCGACCCAAACGAACAAGUCCAAAGAAAAAACAUGCUAUUGGCUACAAAGCAAGUCUGCAAAGAGUUCACAGACCUGCUGUCCCAGGACCGCUCGCCUCUAGGAAACUCACGGCCGCAGCCCAUCCUCGAACCGGGAAUCCAGAGCUGUUUGACCCACUUCAGUCUCAUUUCGCACGGUUUCGGGACCCCGGCGCUUUGCGCGGCAGUCACGGCCCUGCAGAACUAUCUGACCGAGGCUAUCAAGGCCAUGGACAAAAUGUACCUCAACAACAACCCCAACAGUCACUCAGAUAACGGCACUAAAGGCGGAGACAAAGACGAGAAGCACAGAAAGUGA